AUGGCCAUCCCCACCGAAGAGAAAGGCGUAGGCAGGGUUAUCCUGUUCCCUUUCGCGGACAACGGCCUCGAACUCGGGCCCAUUCUUCACGGCGUACUCGACCAGUUUGUCGAUGCGCUUCUGGAGCUCGGGAUCGGACGGCGGUGGUGUAGGGGCUGGUUCGUAAUUCUGCCCGUGAAAGGUGGGUGGGACGAGGCGGUGGGCCAGACGAGGGGAAUUGUUGUUGGUGCUGAGGGUGGAAACUAUACUGCUGCUGCUGCUGCUGCUGCUGUUGCUGUUGCUGACUGUAAGCCAUGGGAGGACCGUAAUCGUGGGGAGGUCGAUCCAUGCGGAAAAUCAGAGGAGAAGAUAGGAGUCUGUUGA